ACAUUUUGCUGCAGAAAAAUCGUCAACACAGGCGACGUGUAUCAUUUUACAUCUUCAAGACUUGUGAUUUGGAGUAAUAAAAAGGGCUAAUCUGGUGAAAUUGUCGCCGAGGUCAGUGUUACAAAAUCAUCAAAAUUAGUUACCGGAAACUUUAAAACCAUGCUGAAGGCAGUUAUCCUGAUUGGAGGUCCAGAAAAAGGAACGCGAUUUCGACCUUUGUCGCUGGACACACCCAAGCCACUGUUUCCGGUGGCGGGAAAGCCAAUCAUCCAGCACCACGUAGAAGCAUGUGUCCGAAUUAAGGAACUUAAAGAGAUCCUGAUCCUAGGAUUCUACCCGGCCUCACAGAUGCAGCAAUUUGUGAGCAACAUGCAAAAUUUAUAUGACGUCAACAUUCGCUACCUGCAGGAAUUCACCACUCUCGGUACGGCCGGCGGAAUGUACCACUUCCGGGACCAAAUUCGUUCCGGCAAUCCAACCGCGUUUUUCGUUCUCAAUGGAGACGUAUGUGCGGAUUUCCCCCUUCAACAGUUGUACGAUUUCCAUUCUGGCAAAGGAGAUCAGGCAUUGGUGUCGAUUAUGGGAACGGAAGCCACGCGUCAGCAAGCCGUCCACUAUGGAUGUCUGGUGCUUGGUAAAAACGAAGAAGUUACCCACUACGUUGAGAAACCUCGCUCUUACGUGUCCACCUUGAUAAAUUGUGGAGUCUACGUAUGCUCGAUGGAAAUUUUUGCACGUAUGGGAUCAGUCUUCCAUUCGAAACAACACGAUUACAAUAGCCUCAAUAACGGCAAUGGAAAGGACACUGGCCACAUUCAGCUGGAACAGGAAAUAUUGAUGCCAUUGGCUGGAACGGGUAGACUUUUUGCUCUGCCGGUCAACAAUUGGUGGUCCCAGAUAAAGACAGCUGGAUCGGCCAUCUACGCAAAUCGACACUAUCUCGCGCUGUACAAAAAUACACACCCGGAACGAUUGUCCAAUGCAGGAAUGAAAACUUCCGAAUUCGAAAGCGGUAAUCUUGUGUGCAACAUCAUCCCAGACGUGCACAUCCAUCCUACAGCUUCGGUUCAUCCCACUGCAAUGUUGGGUCCCAACGUUUCCAUCGGCCCAGGAGUCGUCAUUGGUCCCGGUGUCCGGAUUCGUGAAUCUAUCGUUCUGGAAAAUGCCGUCAUCAAAGAUCACACUCUUGUUUUGCAUAGCAUAAUUGGUCGCGGAACCCAAAUAGGGAUGUGGGCCCGAGUCGAGGGCACCCCGAGCGAUCCGGACCCGAACAAGCCGUUCGCCAAGAUGGAAAAUCCGCCGCUGUUCAACAGCGACGGCAGGCUAAAUCCAUCGAUAACCAUCCUCGGGUAUUCGGUUAACGUCCCCUCGGAGAUGGUGCUGCUCAAUUCGAUCGUGCUGCCGCACAAGGAGCUGAGCCGAAGUUUCAAAAAUGAAAUCAUUCUUUAGCGUUUUUGUUUGUUGGAAAUUUUUCUUUGUACAUUUAUGUUUGCGUUUCGGUUGAAUUCAAUUAUGAAUGGAUGGCAAAUAAAUAAU